AUGACCUACCAUAUCUCAAAGAAUUUACAAGACGGGGCAUUUACGGAGAUCGCAUUUGAGAAAACAUCAGAAUAUGGUCUACGAUCAGUGGUUUCUUCUACGCCAUGUUUCUUCUUUGUUUCCGGCUGGCGCCCAGCUGCUUACAAGCCAAUGAUUCACCAUCUUGAUAACUAUACUAAGAUGACCGCGGUAGACAGGGGAUACUAUCCUAAUGAGUGUAUGCGGAGAGGAAUAUGCUUGGAAGUAGAUGACCAAUUCCGAUGUUUCUGUGACGAUAAGCUAGACAAUUGCGAAGGAUCUCCGGUCAAGCUGCUAUUCGAUCUUGCUUAUUGGAUCCCCGUUAAAAUAUUGUUGUGCUAUUGA